AUGGCUUCCUCUCGAAGCUCUCGACGGGCGCGACCGCAAUGGCCUCCGGCGCCCUCCGUCGAGGAAGAGCCCCAGUCCCUCUCGAAGGAGUUAAACGGUCUCUCCAAGCUUGGAGACAAGCCCGGGUUCGACGGUGUUCAUAUAAGAGGUGCUGUCGAUCAGUAUCCCAUUAUAGUCGCCGCCAACUCGCCCCCUCCAUCAUCUACCUCCCCUGUCAGUGUUCCCGGUGUGUCUGGGCUCGGGAGUGUGUCUUCGGAUGAAAGUGCAGGGCCAAAGACACCGCCUCCUCAAGAGCCGAUCUUCCGAAACACCGUCAGGUUUGAGACGAAUGACCGGCCAAAAUACGUGUCGCCCUCAACUGCAAGCCAACCACGCGGCCCAGCACCUCAGCCUCUGGCCCAGCAGCAGCCCAUCCGUGAGCUUAACCCACCGCGGGUACCUCAGCCGCCCUCCCAUAUCCGGGAUAGCAAUUUUAGUAGACACGGGCCGCCAAUGCAAAACACGUCUCAUGGCUCUCGCGGACCUAGCGCGCCGGAUCGCAGUGAUGCGCGAGCGCCCAUGCAGGACAAGACUUGUCUACAACCUCCCGGGCCUUCCAUCGGUCGAUCAAACAGUGCGAGAUAUACCCAUUCGACACGACCAAUGCCAGAACGCCUUCGACGGGAGCCUAGCUCGGGGUAUUUGUCCGAUUCGGCCACCACAGACAACAGACCACCGCACCGGCCACAGCCGCCUGUGUCCACGGCCCCUGUUUCAGCUCUGCCAAAUGGGCCCACCCUCGCAGAACGGAUUGAGGAGAAGCUUCGCCAACGACAAGAACAGCGGGACCCGGGUUUUGUGUCGGAUCCGGAGGUACGGCAAAUACCCACAACUGUGAAGCCCGUCAAACCGCAUAUUCUCAACACCUCUCUGCCCCCUCCGCCUCCUAUUCCAGCACCAGCAUCGCACUCGCCUUUGCGUGGACCUCAGCGUGUCCCCGCCCAACGAUCACAGCAUGAACUGCUCCCGGCCUCACGUGCCCGCGCGACAUCGGUGACAAUGCCGCCUACCCGGUCGAUGUCUGGAUCUCGCCAUCCCUCACGACCAGCACCUGAGAUGACCAAGCCUAUAUCAACCCCACUCAAUCCUGACCGGUCGCUGGCUCAUCUCGCACCGACUAGACCCGCAGCCACAUCACCACAGCGCCCUAGCUCGGUAGGCCUGGGCCUCUCCCCAUGCCCGCGAACCAUCGCCGUAGCAGGUUACCAGGAUUGGUAUACGCUCAAAGGCCUCACCCACCUGGACAUCUGUCCAUCCUGCGUGAGCCAAUUAUCACAGUCCCGCUACCGCGACUACUUCAUUCCAAGCCUCUCAAAGCCAGCCGGACAAAAGACACGAUGCGCCUUCGCCAACGCAUGGACCCGUCUAGCCUGGGCCCAGAUGAUAAAGAAACAACACGACAGCCUGGAGCUUUUGUACCAAAUGACACGCCCACCACCAGGCAUGCGCGUCUGUCCCGGUCGCAUCGUCGCAGAACAAUCCUGGCAUCGCAUCUACGACCCGGAAACCGGCACCGAUCUCGCAGGCUUCCACGUCUGCAACAGCUGCGCGCGCAAUAUCCGCAUCCUAAUGCCCAGCCACCGCGAGACCUUCCUACCCAGCCGGGAUCCCAGCGAGCGGCUGUGCGACUUCGUCACGUCCAGUCCGCGAUUCGUGAAAUUCAUCGAUCUCCUCGAUGCGUCUGCAUCCCGUGCUGAAGCGGACUCCUCGCGCACCCGUCGCCCGGAUAUGCGCGAGUUCCUCAACUACGCGCGGCGCAAGGUCGUGCUGCGUGAUUGCCGUCGCGAUAGGCCUGCUCUGAGUACGUGGCACUUUAUCCCGUCACUGCCGGAGAUGUGUGUCUGCGAAGACUGCUACGAUGAGGUUGUUUGGCCGUUGGCCCGGUCUAAUCAUCCCAUUGCGUGCAUGGUCACGACGAAGAUGCGGAUCUUGCCUGGUGAUGGCCCUGGUCGGACUCGUGAGGCGAGUUGUCAGCUCUACUCGCCACGUAUGCGGGCGAAGUUCCGGGAGGCGGUUGUUACGGAUGAUUUUGGGUUGUUGAGGUCUGUGGCGCAGAGGAGGGUUGAGGCCGAGCGGCGAUUCCUGGAUCGAAGGGAGGAGUUGUUGGUUGCCCAAGCGAAAGGGUAUGAUUGUGAUGAGGAGAUGAGGAAGGCUGUUGAUGAGUGGAGGAGGUGGGAAUGA